AUGGGUGAAAACACGAAGAUGAAAAUCUUUUAUUUUCUAUCUAUCUAUCUAUCUAUCUAUCUACGUGUCUGUCUGUCUAAUGAUCUAUCGAGCUAUCAGUCUUUUAUUUUAUCUAUCUAUCUAUCUAUCUAUCUAUCUAUCUAUCUAUCUAUCUAUCUAUCUAUCUACGUGUCUGUCUAUCUAAUGAUCUAUCGAGCUAUCAGUCUUUUAUUUUCUAUCUAUCUAUCUAUCUAUCUAUCUAUCUAUCUAUCUACGUUCUUUUAUUUUCUAUCUAUCUAUCUAUGUGCCUCUCUGUCUAAUGAUCUAUCGAGCUCUCAGUCUUUCUUUCUUUUUUCUAUCUAUCUAUCUAUCUAUCUAUCUAUCUAUCUAUCUAUCUAUCUAUCUAUCUAUGAGCCUGCCUGUCUAUUGAUCUCUCGACCUAUCAAUCAGUCUUUCUUUCUUUUCUAUCUAUCUAUCUAUCUAUCUAUCUAUCUAUCUAUCUAUCUAUCUAUCUAUCUAUCUAUCUAUGAGCCUGUCUGUCUAUUGAUUUAUCUAUCUAUCUAUCUAUCUAUCUAUCUAUCUAUCUAUCUAUCUAUCUAUCUAUCAGUCUGCCAGUCAGAACGUAUAGUGAAAAUAUAUUAUCCACGUAUGCUUCUUAAAAUAUGCACAUAUACUAAAGCUGGUGAAAGAAAUUCUUGA